AUGUUAGAUUAUCCACAAUUUAAAUUGCCUGAAUUUGUAAAGUUAUGUUUCCAUAAUUAGCUAUUAGAUAAAACCUAUUUAGAAGAUGUUAUUUGCACAGCUCUUAAUUUAAUAUUUUUUCAUCGUGCACUUGGCCCAGUCAAAUUGAAUCAUAUGAGAUGUGAACGUUUGCCCAAAAUUACUCAAUUAAGAUGUGGGGAACCUUAAGUUGACAAAGACAUCAAGAAAUUAAUUGAUAAUAUCAAUAAUGAUCCUAACAUGAUUAAUUGCUCAUCUCUUUAAAUUUCUUUAAAAUUUAUGGAAGAACAACCAACAACACUCCUACAAUUUUUUAAACCAAAACUUAAAGUAUUUGAAGAGUGGUUACUUUUGUUUUAAUUCGGUCUCUCUUCCAUUGAUAAAACUUAAGAUGAAUUCACGCAAUUGCUGAACAAAAUAAUUGAUAUUGCAACUGCCAAUUACGAUCAUUUUGAUGAACAAUUUGAUUAAUCCCAGCAAAAACCAUUAAAAUACCCGUAUGAAUUAACUUUUAAUUUCUAGUGA